CAGUGCCACUCCAUGAGCUACUACAGGGGACAGGACUGCAUAAGAAAGUUUGCAAGUAUGUGUGGUGCAAAGAAUCCUGAUAAUCUGAGGUCUACAUAUCUUCGCAAGCACAUUGCAACAGUGUCCCAAAUACUCAACCUCAAGAACAAUGAGCUGGACCAACUGGCCAACUUUUUGGGCCACGAUAUACGAGUCCACAGAGACUUUUAUCGUCUGCCGGAGGCAACUAUAGAAAUGGCAAAAAUCACAAAGCUUCUACUUGCAAUGGAGAAAGGAACUCUUGCAAAAUUCCAGGGAAAGUCUCUUGACGAGAUUGAGCUUGAAGACGAAUUGGACCCAGAGCUGGGUGAUGGUGAUGGUGAUGGUGAUGACGAUGGCGAUGGCGAUGGUGACAACGAUGACUACGAUGGUGGUGUUGGUGACGAUGCCGGUGGUGAUGGCGGUGGUGAUGACGAUGGCGGUGGAGGCAGUGAAGGCAGUGGAGGCAGUGAAGGCAGUAGAGAUGACGGAGAUGGAGUUGAUGGGUCCGGACUAAGUGAAAAUCAAGAAAUGAAGACGCCUGAAGAGGUCACCAGCUCCUCUGAGAAAAGAAAAAGAAUGGAAUCUAUCCAGGAUGUGGCCAAGAGUUACAAAGGGCAAAAGAAACUGUGUACAACCCAGAGUGUGGUAACCAGCUCCAAAGAGGUCAAAUCGUCAAGAAGAUGUGUGAAAAGGCCAUGGAGCAAGGUUGAAGUCAGUGCUGUUAUGAAACACUUCAAAAUACAUAUCGCUAAAGGACACCUUGCAUCAAAGUUGGAGUGUGAGCAGUGCAAGCGCGCUGAGCACCCUGUUUUGACAGACAGAACUAUUCAAAACAUUCGCGAUUUUGUGAGGAACAGGGGUGUUAUGUUCAAACGAAAUGGGGUGAAAUAG